CGGGAGGGCCUGGGCCGAGGCACCGAGUACUGGGCGAUAUUUGGCCGUGCGGACCCCGCCAGCCAUUGUCAUGGGGAGACAGGAGAGGCUCAUGGGCUAGGGGGUCCCUGCCUGGGGGCCCUGCCGGGAAACUCGGGCUGCUGCAGCCCCCAGCUGGAGUCAAGUCCAGGCCCUCCCAUGCUCUCCUGCAGGUGGGCCUGGCACUGCCAGCUCUGGGCUCUCCCCUGCCUGAGGAGUCCAAGCUCAGCAGUUAGUUCUGGUGCAGCUGCCCUGGUGUGGGGCGGGGGGCACGUGGCUUGUGGCUGACCAGGGAAGGGCUGUGGCAGUCAGUGGGUGCGGGCCUGUCUGCCUGGCCCAGAGAGGGGAUCCUGCAGAAAGGCAGGGCUGGCAGCCAAGUGGCACAGCUGGACACACCUGAGGCUGUUUACCUGGAAAGUGAGCAAGGCUGGAUGGCGUCAGCCCCACUCCCCGGCUGAUUCCGAGGGCUGGCCUGUGCGGCAGGGGAGGGCCAGUAUAAAGGUCCCAGCGCUGCUGAAGCACGGCACUUGCAAGAGGAUAAUUGCACAGUGCCCUACCUGUUCCUCGGUGCCAGCGGCUUUCAUUGUGGGGGUGAGCGCGGCUUCACCUGGACUCUCAGCCACAAGCGAGAGUGUUUUCUGCUCCGUCUCCACCACACUCCGCCGGCUGCCCUGACCGGGGAGCCGUGGCUGCCCCAAUCGUGAGCCAGGAGGCAUGUGUGAGGCACGAUGAAUUGGGCAGGCCUCUACACAGUGGUGAGCGGCGUGAACCGCCAUUCCACUGCCAUCGGGCGCAUCUGGCUUUCUGUCAUCUUCAUCUUCAGGAUCAUGGUGCUGGUGGUAGCAGCUGAGAGUGUCUGGGGGGAUGAGAAAUCUGCCUUCACUUGCAACACACAGCAGCCAGGUUGCAACAGCGUCUGCUACGACCACUUCUUCCCCAUCUCCCACGUGCGCCUGUGGGCCCUGCAGCUGAUCCUGGUCACCACACCCGCCCUGCUAGUGGCCAUGCACGUGGCCUACCAGCAGCACCAGGAGAAGAAGCUGCUGGUGCUGACGGGGCACGGCGACACCAAGCACCUGGAGGAGGUGAAGAAGCACAAGAUGCGCAUCUCGGGCUCCCUGUGGUGGACGUACAUCUGCAGCGUGAUAUUCCGACUCCUCUUCGAGGCCGUCUUCAUGUACAUCUUCUACAUGAUCUACCCUGGUUACCAGAUGAUCCGGCUGGUCAAGUGCGAGGCCUACCCAUGCCCCAACACCGUCGACUGCUUCAUCUCCCGGCCCACCGAGAAGACCAUCUUCACUGUCUUCAUGCUGGCCACCUCGGGCAUCUGCAUCAUCCUCAACAUGGCCGAGCUGGUGUACCUGGUGGUGCGGGCCUGUGCCCGCCGGGCCCAGCGGGACUCCAACCCCACAUCGGGGAAGAGCUCCUUGUACGGCCACAAGCUCUCCACCGAGUACAAGCAGAAUGAGAUCAACCAGCUGCUGACGGAGCAGGACGGCUCCCUCAAGGACAUGCUGCGCCGCAACCCGGGGCUGCAGGAGAAGAGCGAUCGCUGCUCCGCCUGCUAGAGGCACCAGCCCCAUUGGGUGGGGGCCCUGCCAUGGCACAAGGCCCUUACCCCUCAGCCCUCCACCGGGAGCCAUGGGGGACAGGCUCUGCAGGGAGACGAAGAGUAUUGAACGGAGCCUGUUGGUACACUCAUGACUGCCUGAGCUCCGGCCCUGGGACACUGCCAGCUUGUGCACAGGUGUCGUGCCAAGGCCUUCACCCCACACUGCCAUGGGCCCAUGGCCACGCACAAGCCCAGUCAUCACACCCUGAAACCCGUCAGAAAGGCUGGGGCGGCUGCAGAGCGCUCGGAAUUUGCCUUAGUUCAUUGUGUGAUGUCCCCCAAGCCCCACCGGUGCCCCCAACAGAGGCCCUGUCUCCUGCAGGGAAAGGAGCCAUCCUCAUUGCGGGGCCCAGCCCCCGUGGCUGCUGAGACAGAGGACACCAGGUGGGGCCUGGCAAGUGGAGUGUCGGAAAUGUCGGCCAUUAAAGCUGUGUUUUCAGGA